CCGAUUAUCCAGUUCGCAUGUUCGUGGCACGUAGGUACAGUUAAAUGGUGGCAUUUCGAACUGGUUACUUGUUUAGUUUGUUCACGACCAGCCGGCAUGGAGCACGCACUUACGCUCAUCGCAAUCUCGUUUUCAGUGUUCCAACUAUGUGGAGCAGACACGACAAAAUCAGUACCAGGAUGGUACGCUGCUAAUCUUAUCAACGAAUCGAACUAUUCGCCGAAGCCGAUCACCGAGAUUUUCUCUACCGAAAACCCACUCUCUUCGGAUAAACCCGUUGUUAUACUGCAAUCAACACAGUCGCCUAUAACCCAAGAUAUACUGUCCACUCCUUCAACAUGGAGUACUGGAAGUACAAGUACACCAAGCACGAGUUAUACACAGACACAGUUUCCACGGAUUCUGGGAGUAAAUGACGGCCAAAGACUACUGCAGUCAGGUAUUCCGUCCACUUUACCACCAACCACCUAUUCCACGCAAUUACCAAUAAAUAACAUACAGGAUGCAAUAGGAAACCAUGAUGUUUCUGGCAUAAUUGGAACAUUGGAGCAGAUACUGCAGUCUCGCCAGGCUUCAUCGUUUGGACCAAGUCCAAUCCCAACAGUGGCUGUAACUCCUUCUACCAUACAAACCUGGUUGCCAACACAGUCGACAUUACCGCCACAAUCAACAGAAUGGAGUACAUUUUCAACAGGGUCGCCUAUACCCUUCCACGGAGAAACGUUUAGUACAUCAUCACCAUACAUCCCUACACUACCUCCAAGGUCCAAAGCUGCUCCAAAUCUUCAGCCAAGAAGACCAUGUGAUCAAGCAAAAGAACAGUUGAGGCCGCAAAAAUUCAAUUCUUCUACUCCCACGCUUCUAAUGCCACUUCCUAAACCAAUUCUUACGAUUCGUCUGAAAGCGCCAAAAGGUUCGAUAACUAAUUUACACAUUAACCCAAGUACAACAACAACGACAAAGAAGCCAUCAACAACAAAAAGGAAGAGUACCAAGAGGAAGAGUGAUUACAACACAUGUUUAGACUCUUGUAAAGAUAAAAGAGAUCCGAUUUGCUCCGGCCCACAAGGAAUCACUCCUGUCGAAUCAAAUACUUUAAAAGGCUUCCCGUCUUUAUGUCAUAUGGCGUGCCAUAAUUCUUUUAGAAAAGAAAUUACAUAUGAAAAAGUCGCUGACGGCCGUUGCGGGAAACUACGAACACGUAUACGCACGAUUGAGAAGAACAAGAUAAAGCGAGAAGAUUUGAAGAAGGCUCAAUACACUGUAUCGCACUCCGGUCCAGAGACAAUAGUCGAAUUUUCGUCAUUGAAGCGUUGAUUUUGCGUCUUAGUUAUACAUAAUAUUGGGACAUUUCAGUCAAUUAUAAUUUUUCAAGGAAAGUGUUAGUAGAAAUCCCAAGGAUAUUAUACCUAGAUGUGAAUAAUUAGACGUUAUACAAAUGUCUAUUUCCUGAUCAUUUUUGAACAGCAUCCAGCUUUUUUUGUCUCUCGAGGGUUUAACUAAGGACGUAAUGAUUACUGCGAAGAGAUGUUAUAUAGAAAUAUUUUUAUUUUUGGAAAGUUCUAUACAUUUCGUCAAAUUUAUUCACCACGCUAACAACUACCCCAGGGCACAUUUUAUUCGAUAGUUUAGUAAAUAUGUGUCUGAUAUCAUAACAGUUUCCAACAGCGCCUAAGCAUUGAUCAUCCAUACCUAGUGCUACUGUUUAGUUCCAAAUACGGCCACGGAGCGCUGAUCAAGUUUCACAUACAAACAAAAAAUAUUGUAAAAAGUGUCUGCGGAAAGUAAACUAUCAAGGGUCGCUGCAGUGCUUCUUCUGUUAUAUUGAUAAUACUGUAUGUUAGUAACCAUCUUGAUAGUUAAUAUCAAAUUAAAAGUAUAUAUAUGUCACCGUAAAAUUGUAAAAACCGUUAGAUUGUAAUCUAUCUCGCGAGAUUGUAAACUGUCGAAAGAUUGUGAACCUCAACGAA